CACAAAUGCUUCCGGAUCCGCACGCGGCAUCAGACUUUGAUGUGAACCGCACGCCUGACUGAGACUGAUAUCUGUGCACUUCACUCCUUCACCAUACCACACCGCCGCCAAGCCAGCCACUACCACCUUCAUACCCCACUCGACGCGACUCAAAUCGAUCUACACCAUGUCUGAGGUCAAGCAGGAAGCUCAGCAGAAGCUCGCCGAGUCGACGCAGUCCGUUCCUCAAGGCACAGCAGCGCAGCAGAGCGACAAUGUUGCGCACGCCCUCGCUGGUGCUGGUGGAGGCCUGCUGUCCAUGGCCUUGACCUACCCCCUCAUUACUCUCUCGACACGCGCCCAGGUCGAGUCGAAGCGCGCACAGUCGUCGACGCUGGGAGCCGCACGCCGAAUCAUCAAGCGUGAGGGCAUCACAGGUCUGUACGCGGGCAUGGAUUCUGCGCUGUUCGGCAUCACCGUCACCAACUUCGUCUACUACUACUGGUACGAAUGGACCCGCGCCUUCUUCGAAAAAGCCGCGCUGAAAGCUGGCCGCCCCUCCAAGAAGCUCACCACCAUUGAAUCCAUGAUUGCCGGCGCCAUUGCGGGCUCUGCCACCGUGCUCCUCACAAACCCCAUCUGGGUCGUCAACACGCGCAUGACGACGCGCAAGUCUGAGUCUGACGAGCAAGCUUUGCCCGGCUCUGCCCCGGCCAAGGCGCCUUCGACCCUCGGCACGCUGCUCGCGCUGAUUCGCGAGGAGGGACCGUUGCGUCUGUUUGCGGGUGUCGCGCCCGCCCUGGUGCUCGUUAUCAACCCGAUUUUGCAGUACACGGUGUUUGAGCAGAUGAAGAAUUUCUUGGAGAAGAAGAGGAGGGUUACGCCCAAGGAUGCGUUUUAUCUUGGUGCGCUGGGCAAGCUGCUGGCGACUAGCAUCACCUACCCUUAUAUCACUGUGAAGAGCAGGAUGCAUGUUGCAGGCAAGGACGGACCGAGGGAGAGCAUGUUGACUACGUUUAAGAGGAUUAUCAGCGAGGAGGGGUACAGUGGGUUGUAUGGAGGUAUUGGACCCAAGGUCACCCAGAGCGUUAUCACCGCUGCUUUCUUGUUCGCGUUCAAGGACGUGUUGUAUGCCUACACCGUUCAGGCACGCAAGAAGCUCGCCCGCAAGUAAAUGCGCAACGCCAAACAUUAUCGAAGACGGUUUCGAGCACGCCAGCGAGCAACAUAACCAAGAACGUAGUGUACGAAGGUACGAGUGUCGACAUGGACAGCUGCUGUACAACAACGCAAUGUAGGAAAAGUUGAGAUUAUGUAUAUACCCUGGAUCUAAGUUCAUGUUUUGCUUUCACACUUCACAUUCGGCACUUUCUCUUCUCUGUUCAGUUGUUCGUGCUUGGCCUCUCUUGAUGAUCGGAUGUUUACCCGGGAUGCCGUUAGCAACCUCCCAUCUUCAUGCAGGUAUACAAUACAUUGCGGGGCACCUUUCCUAUUUACCCGCCACUCGACCUCAUAAAAGCAACGCGGACCAAGUCUUCCGUACCUCAC